AUGCGUCUUUCUUCUUCUCUUCAAGAUCUGCCGACCUUCACUAGAAUUGAUGCUUUGGAAAGGGGCUCUAGUGUUGGCAGUGAUCUGAGCUCAGGGCGUGCAAAACCUGUCCGCAUGCUUCAAAGAGAUGGUGCUGUGGCAAGCUUUUCAAAAGAAAGAACACCCCCAUCAUCACCGACAAAUAGAAAGAAAUGCAUGAGAGCAGCCGGAUGUGCUAUUGCACUGAUCUUAUUGGUGUUCUUUGCAUAUGGUUCUUGGAGAUAUUUCUAUGUGUUCCUCUCUGAAGGAAGCUCUGAAUACUAUGUGGUUCUUGAUUGUGGCAGCACUGGUACAAGAGUUUAUGUCUAUGAAUGGCAUAUUAAUCAUAAUGACGCAAAUGCAUUUCCUAUUGUUUUGAAACCUUUAGGGAAUGCUCCUAAGAAGAAAUCUGGUAAAUUAACCCGAUUAUAUCAGCGAAUGGAGACAGAACCUGGAUUGAGCAAGCUCGUUCUCAAUGAAUCCGGAUUGAAGAAGGCAAUAGAGCCCCUUCUUCAAAUGGCUGAGAAAUUGAUCCCUAGACAUGCACACAAACACACUCCACUUUUUCUAUAUGCUACUGCUGGUGUCCGCAAGCUACCUAGUGCAGAUUCAGAGUGGCUCCUGGAUAAGGCCUGGGAUAUUCUGAACAAUUCAUCAUUUUUAUGUAGUAGAGACAGAGUUAAGAUCAUUAGUGGCAUGGAUGAAGCUUAUUAUGGAUGGAUAGCUCUUAACCACCACAUGAAUAUGCUUGGCACCUCAUCAUCUAAAAUGACAUAUGGUUCACUUGAUUUAGGUGGAUCAUCAUUACAGGUUACAUUUGAGAAUGAUAAAUCAGUGCAGGAUGAGACAAGCAUUCGUCUGAGUAUUGGUUCAGUUGAUCAUCACCUUAGUGCUUAUUCUCUUACUGGUUAUGGGUUAAAUGAUGCGUUUGAUAAAUCUGUAGCACAGCUAGUGAAAAGGUUGGGAGGAGCAGCUAGUAACGGCAAGGUUCAAGUCAAACAUCCCUGUCUACAGACUGGAUACAAAGAAGAUUACAUUUGUUCUUACUGCCACCCAUUAAAACAAGAUGGAAGUCCCAGUGUUGGUGAGAAGAACACUGGCAAAGAGAAGCAGGGAAUAGCUGUUGAACUGGUUGGAGCACCUCAGUGGAAUGAAUGUAGUGCUCUUGCAAAAGUAACAGUCAACCUUUCUGAGUGGUCCAGUGCAAGUCCAGGUCUUGAUUGUAAUAUUCAUCCUUGUGCUCUUGCUUCUAACUUUCCCCAACCACAUGGGCAGUUUUUUGCUAUGUCUGGCUUCUUUGUGGUUUUUAAAUUUUUUAAUUUGACUGCUGAUGCGACUCUAGUUGAUGUUCUAAAAAGAGGUCAGGAGUUUUGUGAAAAACCAUGGAAAGUUGCAAAGAGUAGUGUUCCUCCACAGCCUUUUGUAGAACAAUAUUGCUUCAGAGCUCCUUAUAUUGCAUCACUACUGAGAGAGGGAUUGCAGAUUAAAGAUAGUCAGGUGAUAAUCGGCUCUGGCAGUAUUACUUGGACUCUUGGAGUUGCUUUGUUGGAGGCUGGUCAGGCAUUAUAUUCACGACUAGAUAUUCAAGGAUACCGAAUACUGCACCGGGAGAUAAACCCAAAUAUUCUCAUAGUAUUGUUUCUGAUUUCAAUUGUGUUGGUCAUAUGUGCCAUACUAUGCGUCAGCAAUUCAAUCCCAAGAUCAUUCCGCAAGUCUUAUCUGCCACUUCAUAGGCAUAAUUCUGGAGGCAGUUCUGUUCUUGGUAUAGGAUUGCCUUUCAAACAUUUAUGGAAUCCCAUUAGUUCAGGUGAUGGAAGAACAAAGACACCACUGAGCCCUACUGUUGCUAGGUCAGAUCCUCAUCCAUUUGGUAUGAGCCAUGGAUUAGGAGGCAGCAGUGUUCAGCUUAUGGAGUCCUCGAGGCAAUCCUUGGGCGCCUAUCACAGCUAUUCUGUUGGGAGCUUAGGUCAGAUGCAGUUUUCCAGUGGUGUGAGGAACCCUAGCCGAGGUCAGACUACACUUCAAAGCCGGAGGUCACAAUCAAGAGAAGAUCUCAUUUCUUCACUUGCUGAUAUUCAUGUUCCAAAAGUGAAGACACGUGGUAUGGGAGCUGGGCGCAAGCUCAAGACCCACCGCAGGAACCAGAGGUGGGCUGACAAAGCAUACAAGAAGAGCCACUUGGGCAAUGAGUGGAAAAAACCCUUUGCUGGAUCAUCUCACGCCAAGGGCAUCGUUCUGGAGAAGAUCGGUAUUGAGGCCAAGCAGCCAAACUCUGCCAUCCGUAAGUGCGCCCGUGUUCAGCUGGUGAAGAAUGGGAAGAAGAUUGCUGCCUUUGUGCCUAAUGAUGGUUGCCUGAACUACAUCGAGGAGAAUGAUGAGGUGUUGAUUGCUGGAUUCGGUCGCAAGGGCCAUGCUGUGGGAGAUAUUCCUGGUGUCAGGUUCAAGGUUGUGAAGGUAUCUGGUGUGUCGCUGCUUGCACUCUUCAAGGAAAAGAAGGAGAAGCCAAGGUCUUAG